UUGUGUCGGAGUGCAAGAACAUCAAGCUGUUGAUAUUGAAAUUUAUCAUUGUCCAAAUUGCACUCCCAAACACGGACCACUUGCAUUGAAGCGGAGGAGGAAUUGGCACAGACAUGAUUACUCUGAGGAUGGAAAGAAUCUCAGCAGUGCUGUGCAGACAGGCACUGUGGUUUUCAUCAAAGAACUCAAGAAAAGAAAUUUUCCAAGUGCGGAUGAGAUACCAAUCAAGCGCUUGCAUGGAAGUCAGCUGACCCCAGCAUAUUUUGAAGAGGAAGGCUUCGACGUGCCUGUCUUGUGCGAAAAGAAGGAUGGGCUGGGCCUCACAAUGCCACCCCCGUCUUUUUCCAUCAAUGAUGUUGAACAACUUGUUGGAGCGAUGCGGGAGAUAGAUGUCAUCGAUGUGGCCAGACAGGAGGACAUCAAGAUGAUCAUGAGAGAGUGGACCGAGUACUACAACAGCCCCAACAGAGAAAAGAUUCUCAAUGUCAUCAGUCUUGAGUUCUCAAACACACGGUUGACAGAGCAUGUGGUGCCCCCCAGUGUCAUCCGACAGGUGAGCUGGGCUCGCAACGUGUGGCCCGAGCAGCUCCCGGAGGACUCGAACCUAGCACGCCCAGAGGUCCAGAAGUACUGCCUCAUGGGGGUCAAGGACAGCUUCACAGACUUCCACAUCGACUUUGGUGGCACAUCUGUGUGGUACCACGUUCUGCGGGGGGAAAAAGUGUUUUACUUGGUGCAGCCAACACAAACCAAUCUGAUGCUGUACGAGAGAUGGUUGUCCUCCUCCAACCAGAGUGAGAUGUUCUUUGGGGAUCAGGUGGACGACUGUUAUCGAAUGGUUGUGAAACAAGGGCACACACUGUUUAUUCCCACUGGAUGGAUCCAUGCUGUGCUCACCCCGAUAGAUUCUCUGGUGUUUGGAGGCAAUUUCCUUCAUCAUUAUAACAUUGCCUUGCAGCUACAGUGCUAUGAAAUUGAACGUCAAGUAAAGACCCCUGAAAAAUAUUUGUUCCCAUCCUACGAAACAAUGAACUGGUAUGCUGCUAAAAACAUCCUGGAUAUCAUUAAAGAUUACACUGAAGAGAACAAGUCUCCACCAGAGUAUCUUGUCAGUGGUGCCAAAGCCUUGUCUGUCAGCCUCAAAGCAUGGACUCAGAGGAAAGACUACGCUCGCGUAGGCAAACAGGACGCGGCCGACUACAUUCAGUAUGGGAAGCUGCUCAAGGACCUGGUCAAGGAAGUCAAGAAAAUGGACAGCUUGUUGCCGAAGAGCAGCCCCAAGAAGCAGGACCACAAGCGGAAGCGCGGGGAGAAGCCGGCCAAAGCUGCCAAGAAAGUGAAGGGCUUGGAUGUGUUAGACCAGCACACCAAGGAGACCUUGAAGUCGGCUGAGCGGGAGCGCAGAGAGAACAUUUAUAACUUUGAUGAUGAAGAGGACCAGGUCCCAUUUAGUCUGAAGGUUCGAAUCCCCAAAGCCGGAGCCUAUGUGGCUGGCCCAGACGCAAAAGAAACCAAGCCAGAUCUACUGGGGCUGGGUCGGGCGGGUGCCGUCAGUGCAGAUGAGAACAAGGCCCCCAACGAGCGACGGAUAAAGGAGGAGUCGUCCAAGAGGGUCAAGAAGGGUGUGAAGAAAAAAGAGUCUGACGCUCUGGACCCCGUGAUAGCGGAGGAGAACGUGGUCAAGGAGGAGGUGGUCAAGACGGAGGACGGCGGCUCAGCGGACGGGUCGCCCGCCAAGGAAGUGCCGCAGUGCCUCAAGUUCAAGCUGUCCAACGGGAAAAUGGUCAGCACCGACAGAAAAUCAAAGUCGUCAAAGUUGAAAAAGGAGCUUCGCCGUGGGGGUCAUGCUUCUCCCGCCAAGGCCAAGAAGUCCCUCGUGACAGAUCAAGACUCAGGGCAGCCAAGUGGAGAGAAGAGCAAACCGGAAGCAGAGAAGGGGAAACGUAAAAAGUCAUUGUCACAGGAAUCGAAAAGUGUAGAAGAUCAGUCGAAGGGGAAAAAAGAGAGCGGUCGAGAAGAUAAAAAGAAGAAAAAGAAAGAGGGGAGUGAAUCCAAAGAGAAGGAUUCAUCAGCGGGGGAUAAGGUUGUCAAGAAGAAGCCGACCCAAGAGAAGGAGAAAGCCAAGUCGAAAGACAGCAAAAACAAAAAAAAGUUGCUCAGUGGGAAGAAGAAGAAAUCGGAGGACUCGAAAGAAAAGAAGAAAAAGCCUGGGGCGGAGGAGAAGGGGAAGGCCGGUAGCUCGGCUAAGGCUGGGGAUCCUAAGGCCACGGACAGAGACAGUGACGAGGACCAGCUUGUCGUGGAUGAAAACCCAAAGAAAAAACGUGUUCAGAAGACGACGUCAACCACUAAACCUGCCUCUCUGAAGCUGAAGCUACCUCCAGGAGCAGCUCAUAGGAACAGCCAAGAUGGCAGCGGUGCAGCAGACAGUGGCGACGACACGGCCCUCCAGUCUCGCCUGGGCCUGGACACCAUCCGUGGGGGCCUCAACGGCAGCAUCAGCGACAUCUUGACCGCCAGCGGGUACGGCACCGAGACUUCCUUCAGGGUGGACAACGAGGCCAGUGGAAUGCGAGAUGCCAUCGCCGGCAUGCUGACCAUGAGCCGGAUGGGCGAGGGUGAUGGGCCACCUGGCACGCUGUUCUCCUCCGACAGUCAGGGAAGUCGCUCGCAGGCGUCAGCGGCAGAGGAGGAGGAGCAGUUGAUGGCCGACUGCUACAGGGAUGGAGAAUUUGUGUAUCCGUCCUUCGAUCUGUCAGAGGAUGAAGAGGAUGCCAUUCAAAAAGCCAAGAAAAAGUCGGAGAGGGACGACAAUUGGAAUCCUAAAGCUCGGGUGGACACGAGUGGUAUGAAAGGUUUCCGCGAGCACCGAGUGGGUGUCCAGAAGGCCGCCGUCGCCUCCACACUUGCCUCCACGGCCGCCAAACUGACGGAGAACCCUCCUGCGGAAAAAAAACAUUUGAAGAAGUUACAGAAAGCCAAGCUCCCUGAGAAGAAGGAGUUUGAGGUGGAGCCGCUGCCCGGCCCAUCAUCUGCACUGGACGACGAAGGUCCUGUCAAUGCUUUCCGACCGGGUAUCAAGAGGCCGGUGGACCCAUGUGCCGGCGCUGCUCUUGUGUCCAAACCUAAAAAGCCAAAGAAAGGUCAGGCCACCGUGAAACAGAGACUGGGAAAGCUGUUGAAGAUUAAGAAAAUGGUUUAUUGAGAAACUUUUUUUUGUAAGAUUAUGUUAAUAAAUACUUUUUUAAUGUAAAAUUGUACAUAGGACGAAAUAUUGUAAUUAUGAAUAUAUUAAUAUAUUUCUUUUUGAAGAUUAAAAAAAAAAAAAAAGCCACUGACCGGCUUAAAUAGGUAUUGCUGAACAAGUAGACAGCCCGCUUCCCCCCCACUGCCUGGGUGUCCUCUCUAUUUCAGCUGUUGUCUAUGUUUUUGAAUCAUGGCCCCACUGUAUACACGUGUACAUUUUGUAUGAGAUGUUUCAGAAAGAUCUUUGUCGUCCUAUUUGGAAAUAUCACACGCCCAUCAUAGAUGGAUCAGACUUGUGGCAACAGUGUGUCAGAAAGUGGCCGCAUGACAAAAUGGGGGCCAGAAUAUUCUGCUAAGAGGGCGAUCAAACUUGUACUUUGUUGUUGAAAUUGAUGGCUUUUAGAAGGAUGAUUGUCCAAGUGAGCAGGCCCCCACGUUGUCAAGUGUUCAACUACUUAUCACUGGCAAGGUGCUCCCAGCGGCUUGCGGUCGGAACGGCUGUGCUGGUGAGUCGCUGGCAGCUGCACAGGCACUUUCCUUUACGACGACUUUGACGUCAAAUUACUUUUUUCGGCGUAUUUCAACAGGUCUCUUUUACUGGGGGGGGGGUUUACUCAUUUGAUGAAGAACUAUCAAAAAAUGUUCUUUUGUUUUGUUUGAAUGACCAAAUUUGUGAUGUGUUUGUGUCACGUGUGUCACUUUUAGAUUUUGUACUAAAUGAGGGCAAUAGUGGGUCCCCCCCCUCAGAGAGUUCAUGAGGCUGCAGUCUGCUUACUCAUCAAUACCUAUUUUAUACUCGUCACAACUUUAUGCCAGCUCACCCUGUAAAUAUUGUCAAGUCAUCACCUUCUACUGUACAAUAGAACUCGGAGGUAUGACUAUCGGUGGCUUCACUAGGAUUUGUUGAUGUAUGUACAGAUAUAUAUAUACUCUUUUUUUUUUUAAAUUGUAAGUAACCAUGGAAUGUAAUAAGUUCUUGUAUUGCCAGCAAGUUUUUCUGAUGUGUACAUUUUUAAUGGAGGUGUAAUUAGGUGAAACUGACAGCCACUUGAUUGUGAGUUUCAGGAAGAAAGUCAGAAUUGCCUCUUAUUAUUUAUUCGGUAAACAAGGUUGGGUAUUUUUUUAAAACCGAGAAUUUUGCUCUUUGGGUAAGCAAGGGGGGAGGGCAGCAGAAAGAGAAUGGUUCUGAAUUUUAAAAAGAAAAAAAACCUAGAUCAGGAUGACACGAUUGACGGUUUAUCUUGCGGAAAGAAAAACGUUUGAUUGAUUAGAGGGAAAGAGAAUAUUCUGCUUUUUGAGGAGAACGAUCAUUUGGGCAGAAGUCUUCCAUUCUAUUGGAGGGAAAGAAAGUUUCCUUUUCAUUGGGAGAAAACCGAAUUGUUUAUCCAUUCUGAGAAAUUCAGGGCCAGAAGCAUUAUUUUAAUAUUUAUUGGGAGAAAACAAAAUUGAUAAUUCUCUGGGAGAAGGCAGGGGAGCAGCGUCUUGUGGUGGCGUCCGAUAGAGUGGGGAACUAGGUGGACUUUCUUGUAUUUUGCAUCUCAGGAAUAGGGAACAGGGGAAAGGUGAAGGAGGGUGCUAGGUGUUUGGUGCUUAGAAGCCUCCUGUCUGUCCACAGGACUUUGUCUGUGAGCAACUCUAGUUACUGUUAUCUGUCCACAGGACUUUGUCUGUGAGCAACUCUAGUUACUGUUAUCUGUCCAUAGGAUUUUGUGAACAACUCUAGUUAUUGUUAUCUGUUCACAGGACUUUGUGAACAACUCUAGUUACUGUUAUCUGUCCAUAGGACUUUGUGAACAAUUCUAGUUAUUGUUAUCUGUCAAUUCUAAUUUUCGUCCAUAGGACUUUGUGAACAAUUCUAGUUAUUGUUGGCUGUCCAGUGCCAAGGUCAGUAAUUGAAAAUGACCAAUUUCUCGUGUGUGUACAUUAAAUGUUUUUUGAGUUUUAAAAUGAAAGUGCAAUACGUAUCUAAAAUAUGACGACGAUUAUUUUUUUAUAAAUUCUUUUAAUUUUUUAUAUUGAAGAAAGGGAAUUAAGCAGUUUAACUUGGCAGUCUAGUUUUUUUCUACCUUGGAAAAAAUGUCACUUCUUCCAAUAUUCCAAGAUUUGUGGAAAUCUGUCAUUUUCAGACAACCCUCUGUGUGGCAAUUUUGAGGUGAACACUUUGAUGAAGGAAUGCAACCAUGCUCUGUAUGGGCAUUAUCGAAUCUUUUGGUCUUUUCUUACAGCCAGUUGUGGUCACAAAUGCCCUAAAAACAUUUUUGUGUGUGUGUAUGUGGCUUUAUUCUUUAUAAAGGCUGGGGUAUAUGUAGCUAGGAAUUGAACAUUUUUGGUAAAAAUUCUUGUAAAGUCGAGUGGAAUAGAACCUUUGUGUGGAACGGGCCGCUUGAUUCCUUUCAGCGGGUUUGCCAACUUGUUCAAAUCCCACUCGGGGACACCUAAUGUUCUACCGUCAGGUUAUACCAGGUUCUGUAACGGCACACACAAUGACAACAGGUUCGCGAGACGGGUUUGGUCAAGCAGGCUAAAGUGUCCUCUAAAAUUCCCAAUUGCCUAUUGCGGGGGGGGGGGGGGGGGGGGGGGGAUUCAGGACAGUCUGCAAACCUGUUACAGCAGGUGGUGAUCUAAUGUCUAGUGUGAGUGUAUGAUUUCUGGCUGAAUGUUGAGCUAUGGGAAAUUUGCUGACUCAUUUAGGAGACUACCCAUUGAGUCCUAUUGUAGGCAGAAGGCAACUUGUAAAGUGAUGAAGUGUGCGAUGAGGAAGAUGGGCAAGCCUCACCGUUCUCGUCACGAAAAGUGACCUCUGUGAUAAGUAUUAUUAGUAUUAGAAAUAGAAAGAUAGAUUCACAGUAACUUGAAUGAAAGAGAAAGAAGUCGGCCAUGGAGAAAAGUAUAAAAGGUAUCUUGCUUAUUGUCAGUCCCGACAGUGAACAGUCAUUGCUUUUUCAAAUACAGCGGCUGGUAUUUUCAUUGAUUGAUUUUUGCCAUUUGCUGUUGGGAACACUGCAAGUCUGUUGUCCUGGCCUGUACAGUACACACAAGAUGUACAGACAUAAUGUGUGUAUCUGUACAUCUUGUGUGUACUGUACAUCUUGUGUGUACUGUACAUCUUGUGUGUACUGUACAUCUUGUGUGUAUCUGUACAUCUUGUGUGUACUGUAUACAUUAUGUCUGUAGACCUUACCAAUCCACAUUAUGUCUGUGGAUGUCAUCUAUACACAUGCCUAUAGAACUGGCCUGUACAGCCUCUGUUUGUAUACCUCAUCUGUACCCAUAAAGUCUGUAGAGCCCAUCAGUACACAUUGUGUAAGUAGCCACUCAUCACUCUCAUGUCAGGCAGCUCUUCAAAAUGACUUUUGUUUUAUACUACUACUACUACCACCACUGGAUAAUCUCUCUCUCAACGGGCAGCAUUUGGCCACUGUUCACAUCAUCAUAUCUCAACGUGGAAGUCAACAGGUGUAUCAUCUUGCAUGUCAUGGGUAUUGUCGUGUAUAUUUUAUAAUUACAGAUGUGUGGUCUAGAGUGAAAAGUGGUUGUGGUAAGUGUUUUGUGAUGGAAGAAGUAUGAGUUGUGAUGGAAGAAGUAUGAGUUGUGAUGGAAGAAGUAUGAGUUGUGAUGGAAGAAGUAUGAGUUGUGAUGGAAGAAGUAUGAGUUGUGAACAUGUUGAUGCCGUGGUCAAAUGUAAAGUGUGUGCAAAUUUGUUUUGUUUGUUUGUGUGAGUAAAGAGAAGCACGUGGACACAAUAAUGGUCGUUUAGUUUUAUUAGUGUUGGGAAAUUGUAAGAUAGACGGGCAAAACUGACAGAGUGAAAGUUAAGAAAUAGGACCUACCUGUAGUACCCUUCAAACCACCCACAGCAAAUUUGUGAACAUUGUUCUUACAAUUGCCUAACACUUGUAGGGAAUGAUAGGAGGAGCUAGGAUGGGACUUUUAGAAAUGCUGCUUGGAUUUGUAAUUUUUGGUUCAGAGAGAGGAGAAGAAAGAAGAAAAAAAAAGGAUUGAGGGGACGAAUAAGUCGCAGUCUUCAUCACAAAACCUCAGCCCCUUUUAAAAAAAAAUAUGUUUCCUUACCUUGACUCGUUGAGCCUUCUGUUUAGCAUGUGGCUUGCUCCAGUCACUGGUUUCUGACACAUGAGCAGAAAAAUUAAAUUAAAUAUUAGAUGAAUAAAAUAAUUUCAAGCAUUGCUGUCUUUUUUUCUUUUUAAAAAUAUUUUUAGAUGGCACCAGUGGAAUAAUUUAGGAAGCUGCCACUCAUCUUUAUCCUGCUAUGGGGACAAAUCUGGAAAGUAUACGUUCAAAUGGGAAACUAUCAACUCCUAAUUGUAUUUGUCUAUUGAUUCAAAACAUUUCCCCUGGUUAAAAAAAAAUAAAUUCUGUACCUUUCUGUGAGGAAACUUCCUUUUCCUCUUUCUGUGGUAAGGAAAAAGCUAGUCUAGCACUAAAUGUGUUUUGUAAAGCGACUUACACUACACUGUCACCUUUCAUGUUGCUAACAAUGUAACAGAUCUCAGUCUCAGUUUUUAUAUCAGUGAGCAAAUUGUGAGUUGUAGUGUGUGUGUGUGCGUGCGUGGUGUCAAGUGGUGUGUUGGUCAUCAGUGAAAAUGGUUUGGGGCGUGGAGCAGCUGAGUCUAAUAAAAGUGAUAUAUUGUUGAA